AUGGUUCAAACGUUAUUCCACGAAAAUAUCGCUGUUUACUGCACUGACACAAAUGGCCAAACAACUAGCAAAAGCCGCAUAAUUUUGAAUUUGAAAAUAGAUGAACGACAGAAUCGAACAGAAAAGGAAUUUAUAUUUUGCAUAUCACGAGAUGAUGAUCCUUUAUUCAUAUAUACACUGUCACUUCGACGAUCUGAGUAUGAAUUGUUAAAACGAGAGCAAGAAUUAGAUGCCGAAUUCGAUGCAUUUCCUAAGAAAAUAAUCGAUUUUGUUACUUGCUUGGAUAGUAGCUGUGGAUCGCAUCUUCGGGGAGGCCUUUAUAAUGACAAUACUUUAUUCAGGCAUGUCCUUUCUUUAAUUCUUUCUUUAUCUCUUCAAAGAGUAACUGAUAAAGCUUUAAUAACGCAUCUUGUUGAAAAAAUUGUAAAAUACAAGGGAUAUUUAAAAGAGCUGGAUACUUUACGUGAUUCGUUAUCAUCAGAACAAGCGGAAAACAGAAGUUUACGAAAUUCACUGACUGCAAAAGAAAAAAUGCAUUCAGAUUGUUUGCAGAAAUGGGAAGAAGAGCGUAGUGAAAUUCUCGAUUGCAAACAUAAACUUGAAGAAAUGAACGAAGAACUUCAUGCAGAUAGACAGAUGCUUACACAAGAAGUAAGCACUUUAAAGGAAGAAGUAGUCGAUUUUCGUGAUCGAAUCGAUGAUCUUAUUGAACAAGUUAAUCAGUUGGAAGAUAGAGUGCAUGUCCUAACGGAGGAACUCGACACUUCCGAGAAUCAGCUACAUGAUUUGGAACAAAAGAAAGAGGAAUUGCAACAGGAACUAAAUGAUAGAGAUGAAGAAACUCAUAGCCGUAUGGUGCAGAUACGUAAUCUGAAAGACGCAAUAGAUGAUGCUGACAAAGAGAAUAAGGAAUUACGCGAGAAAUUACAGUUUGUUAAUGAAGAGAUAGAUCGUUGGAAAAGUGAGCACAAUAAAGCUGUUGAGAUUAUUAAAAAACUAUAUAGUGAAAAAAUUCGCCGUGUUGCUAUUGACGGUGGUGUAAUGAUGAACGAAAAAGUGAAUGACAUAGAAAAGGAUUUGGAAGAACGUAAAAAGACUAUUGAUGCUCUGACUGAUUCAAAUACACAGCUUAGGGCAAAGCUAGAAAAUUUAUCAACGGAAUGUGAACAGGCAAAGAAGGAUGCAGAGAUGUGGAGAGUCAAAUGUGAAAAAAAGGAAACAUUAAUCAAUGAUCUGAUUCAGUGUCGACGAUCACCCAUCAUUAGUCCAUCACAGCAGCAGUCAAAUUUGACUUAUGGAAAUACCGCACCGACUGUUUAUCCGCGUGUUUUAGGAGUGACAAAUUGGACCGCUCAAAUAACUACACCUUUACGAAAUACAGGAGUUGUGGCGAAAAUUCCAGAUCAACAGAAAGAAAACGGGCUAAACUCGAUUGCUAUAACACCACCAACUGAAGCAAAAACCUUGACAGGAUGCGCAAGAACUAAAACCUAG